AUGGCACUGUUUGGCCGUCCUCGCGCCAUAACGGCCGGAGCUCGAAAUUUACGGGAGGACCUCACAAACCGAGAAUCUAACCCUACGGACCUACCGCUCCCAGGCUCACUCGAUGUUGAGAACCCAGUGGCUAGAGCGAGAGGCAACAAUGCUCGCGAGUACUCUAUCGAUCAACCAGUUGUCGACACGGCAUUGAACAUCCUCCGCAAGAUAAAAGUCCCUACCAAGAAAUACGAACGUCCGUCUGGCAUCUUUGGUCAUGCGAGCUACUACGGCCGCGAGUUAUUUUACCUUUUGUUUAUGAAUGCACCGUCAUCGGAUCAGUUGUCAUCAAGUCGAUUUACCAAGAAAAAUGGGAAACUGGUGGAAGCAGUCCGGCUACUGGAGGGGGCUGCCCGUAAGAAUAAUUCAGAUGCUACAUUUCUCCUUGCCGAAAUGAACUUUUACGGAAAUUAUACCCACCCACGCGACUUUUCAAAGGCCUUCCGAUAUUACGAUGCGUUGGCGACCUUGACUGGAAACAGCACUGCGCAAUACAUGCUUGGGUUCAUGUAUGCAACUGGAAUCGGCGGGGUUGUGGAACGAGAUCAGGGCAAGGCGCUUCUAUACCACACGUUUGCUGCCAGGGGUGGCAAUACUAGGUCACAGAUGACACUGGCAUAUCGGAGAUACAUAGGAAUUGGAGCCGCUCCGGAUUGCGAUCAAGCGGUAUAUUGGUACAAGAAGGUAGCCGAUAAGGCGAUUGCAUGGUAUAGAUCCGGGCCACCCGGCGGUAUUAAUUGGCGUCGAGAGGCCUUCCGUUGGGCUGAUGAGGAAGGUGGCGUGUAUGGUGAGGGAGCCAGUGUGUCUAGUGCUGGUUACAACGCGAUGAGGGAUGUCCAUUCCAGUGCCGAUGCGAGCCUGGAUGAUGUGCUGGAGUAUCUUGAUCUCAUGGCUAAGAAAGGUGAUACUAAAGCUACCUUUGGCCUUGGGAAGCUAUAUUAUGAAGGAUCGCGCCAGCUGGAAAGGAGCUACAAGAAGGCCAUGAUGUAUUUCGUGGUAGUUGCAAGGAAAUACUGGACCAAGGACGGCUCUAUCAACCCAAGCCACCCACCAGGCAUUGACAAGAUCGCUGCUCAGUCUGCGGCCCAUAUUGGCCUGAUGUUCCUUCGUGGAGAGGGCACAGAGCAGAAUUUCCAAAAGGCCAAAGUCUGGUUUACACGAGGAAGAGCAAACGGUGAUGCAAUGUGCCAGCAUUAUCUAGGGCUGAUGUACUUGCAUGGCUAUGGCGUCGAACAGGAUGUAAUGAAGGCCGCUUCAUACUUUAAAGCCGCAGCGGAACAGGACAACUACUACUCCAAAACGCGGCUUGGAGCGCUGUUCCUUGACCAGGGUGAUGUUGUCACGGCAUCGAUAUAUUUCGAAGCAGCCGCUCGGCAUGGGGGUAUGGAAGCCCUCUAUUACCUCGCCGGAAUUGCAGACCGGGGCCUUGGCGGACAGCGCCAUUGUGGAGUUGCCACAGCAUACUACAAGAUAGUCUCCGAAAAGGCCGAAGGCAUUCACUCCGCUUUUGCCGAAGCGAAUGAUGCUUAUGAGAUUGGAGACAAGGAGCUAGCUCUGAUCAUCUCUACCAUGGCAGCAGAACAAGGGUAUGAGAGCGCCCAGGCAAAUGUUGCAUACCUUCUCGACGAGAAGCGGUCUGUUUUAUCCCUUGACCCGAUUCUUCCAUGGGUAAGGGGUGGACGCUCGUCCUUAUUGCGCAACGCAGCCUUGGGGUUCAUAUACUGGGCCCGCUCUGCUAAACAAGCCAAUAUAGACUCGAUGGUGAAGCUAGGAGAUUACUACUUUGAAGGCUAUGGCACAAAGAAAGAUGUUUCUAGAGCGCUCACCUGCUAUCAUUCCGCAGCUGAAGGCCACAGUGCCCAAGCAUUUUGGAACCUUGGCUGGAUGUAUGAGAACGGCCUUCAUGUUGAGCAGGACUUCCCCAUGGCCAAGCGGUAUUAUGACCUUGCCUUGGAAACGAACCAAGAGGCAUAUUUCCCAGUCACACUCAGCCUUCUUCGACUGCGUGCUAGGAAUUUCUGGAAUAAGGUGAUACGAGGGAAGGCUAAUACUAUCAACGCAGAACCAGAUGUAAAUACUCCACGGACAUUUAAGGAGUGGAUAUCACACUUUAUCAACUAUAAUGAAGAGGAAGAAGCAUACCAGAGAGCACUCCGCCAACAAGCUGCUGCGGACCCUGACGCCAUCCUAGAUGAGGCCGGACAUGCGCACGCUCAAGACCAAGAUCUCAAUUACUAUGACGAGGAGUUUGACGACGGUAUCCUAGAGAGUCUUAUCAUAAUUGGGCUUGUUGCUACUCUGGUGCUUCUAUUGCACUUCCGCCAACAGCGGGCGGCUCGUCGUGCCCAAGAAGCAAACAACGCCAAUAAUCAGCAACAAAACCAAGGGGCUGAUGGUGCCGGCAAUGCAGCAGAAGAUAGGGGCUUCUUCCCACGACCGGAUGACCCCAACUUUGCAGCGUGGGUUGCUGGAGGACUCGGACGGUAG